GUGCUGCUCGCUGAUCAUGCGCACCGACACAAAACUACGAAAUAUGGCGGCUGACUCCUCCUAGAGAAGUGUUGGGGUCUGAAUUAAUUUCAUUAAAAGCUUCCCUGUGACACUGGGUAGGCCUCCGGCCUGGCACCUGCCUUGUAGAACAACUACAUUUUCCAGAAGCCAUUAUGGGCAGGACUUCGCUUAAAGAUCAGAAAGAGAAGAAGGAGAAAGCAGGGAGAAGUCUUCUUCCUCCAUGUCCUGCUCCAACUAAAGAGCCGUUCAGUUGGGAGGAGUACCUGAAGGAAACCUCAUCCACGCCAGCCCCGCCCAGCUUCUUCAGACAGUCCAGAGUCCCGCCCUCAAAUGACUUCAAGGUGGGGAUGAAGCUGGAAGCUCAUGACCCUCGGAACUCUACCUCUGUGUGCAUCGCCACAGUGAUGGGCAUAACGGGCGUGCGUCUUCGCCUCCGUCUGGAUGGCAGUGACAACACCAACGACUUCUGGAGACUGGUUGACUCCUCAGACAUCCAGCCAAUAGGAACCUGCGAGAAGAACGGAGACAUGCUUCAGCCACCGCUGGGGUUCAGAAUGAACGCAUCCUCCUGGCCCAUGUUCUUACUGAGAACCCUGAACGGAGCCGAGAUGGCACCCGCUACAGCUUUUAAAAAGGAGCCUCCACCACUAGCUCAGAACAGCUUUAAACCAGGGAUGAAGCUGGAAGCAGUAGACAAGAAGAAUCCCUACCUCAUCUGUCCCGCUACCGUCGGGGAGGUGAAGGGGGACGAGGUGUUUGUGAUGUUUGACGGGUGGAGGGGCGCCUUCGACUACUGGUGUAAACAUGACUCCAGAGAUCUGUUUCCUGUCGGGUGGUGCUCCGUUACCAAACACAGCCUGCAGACGCCCGGUAACAGUGUGACCCUGCCCAAGAACCUACAGGUCCUGACAGCGGCAACAUCCCCCUCCAAACCCGGCCGGCGCUCUGUGUCCUCCCCGUACCGCCUGCCCACCCCCCUGCCACCACUGCCUGUCAGGAAGGGGGUCCGGGGGCGACGUCCCAAGAGUGAGACCAUGGCUCUUUUGAAGGCUGCAGCUGCCGCUGCUCAGAACGGGACGGCUCCAACCUCCAACUCCCAGCUGGUGCCCAGACCUCACAAGAAGAGAGGGCCCAAACCUGGCAGCAAGAGAAAGCCCAAGGUCCAGAACUCUGCAUCUCCAGGUGCUGCAGAUGGCAGACUGUCUGGCCACACUCACCGCAGCUCAGUGGUCUCAACAGUGUGUGUCUAUGUCAACAAGCAUGGUAGCUGUGGGCCCCACCUGGACAGAAAACAGAUGCAGCGACUGCCCGACCACUUUGGGCCGGGUCCCGUCAACACAGUGUUGCAGCAGGUGGUUCAGACGUGUCUAGACUGUUGUUACCAGCCCAAGGUGCUUCUGGGAACUCUGCUGACCCACAGUGGGGGAGGAGAAGUUGUCAGCGUGCGGACGGAUGGUGGGGUUCGUCUGGUGAAGUUGCCCUCGGCUUCAAGCACCUCCUUUGUGCUCAGCUUCCUGGAGACUCUUUGUCGCACGCUGCAGAGUGACUUCCUCUUCAGCUCCCAGCCCUUCAGCUACACCUACAGUAACUAUGUGAAAGAGGAGGCUUUGGAAGCCCCAUCACUAAGCCGGGGGAGUAAACGUCUUUCUAGAGACUCUCCCCCCUACGCAGCACCCCUCUCCCCCAAACUACUGCGCACUGACACACACCCCUCAGAAGCUGAGACCCUGCCCCAUGAGGAGAACAGCCUUUUAAAGGAGCAGCGCUUUAUGGACUCUGCAUCUAACUCCAUGACGCCACGCCCCUCAGAGUACCACUCAGGCCACUCCCAAGCCAGCAGCCCUUUCUACCCCGGACACACCCACACCACGCCCCUGCGGCGCCAUGCUUCCCACCCUGCUGAACUCAACUCCACACUACGACGAGUUGAAGCUCCCAGCUCCACCACUGGCCCUGAGCCUCCUGCCCCAGACAGGGACACUCCCAGGGGGGCAGGUUUGGGCAGGAGCCCCUCUACCUGGUCCAUUGACGAGGUCAUGCAGUUUGUGAGAGAUGCCGACCCCUCAGCCCUUGGCCCGCAUGCUGAGCUGUUCAGGAAACAUGAGAUAGAUGGAAAGGCCCUGAUGUUACUUAGGAGUGACAUGGUGAUGAAGUACAUGGGUUUGAAGCUUGGCCCCGCCUUGAAGCUGUGUCACCACAUAGAGCGGCUGAAACAGGGCAAGCUGUAAAGCUGAAAUGAGAGAAACUGCAUCAGGUCCUCGAUGAGCUCGGCCCAGCCUCCCUGACCCGUGAAACACCGUUCACCCUACCACAGAAUGUCCCUGCCAGGAAGCCCUGGACUCUCCUCUCUAGGAGGUCUUCAUCUAGAAGGUGUUCUGUUUGGUUCCACCUUACAACAGACAUGCAGUGUGGAUCAGUGGUAACAUGCUUUGUGCUAUGCAUCCUGGGACCACUUUACCUCAUCCCCUCAACCAAUCACUGCAGUGAUUGGCUGAAAUCCCAAAGGAACAGAUUCUCCAUUGUGUUUACAUUGAAAAAAAGACUGACCUUCAUACUGACCCUACAGACUGAUUAUUUUACCCUAUAGACUGACCUACCUACAGACUGAUUCUACAGAAGUGCAUGCUGGCUGAUGUUUUACUGAGACUGAUUCUGUUUCAGGAUCCCAAAGACAGAGAAUGUUUUCUUCCUCUUUUAUGACGUUCUGUUUUAAUUAUCCAUGAUAGCCUGUCAGAAACCAGCUAAUCAUGUUUUCAUCUGCAGAAAGGCUGUUGUCUAUUACAACUCUUUUCAAUUCAAAGACAUGUCAAUAUGGCUGAAUAUUACACAGAUCUGAAUGAUGCAGAAUAGACAAUCUGGGCUUAGCCUGCACUCUGACUGUUGACCUCCAAGAAUCUCUGUGAGCAUCUGCCUUUCUAUGGUCUGUCAUUGUGUUGUGUUGAGUUUGGGAUGAAUGACCUGAUCAACUUUACUGGUGCGAGGUUGUGGGUAUGUCUUAGUCCAGUUUCCAGCAACAGAGCAACCUAGAGGACCCCAACACUAAAUAAAAGAUUUGGAUUCUUUAAUUUAUUUAAAGGGAGAGCUCAGUCAUUCUGCAAGUUAUUUCAGAGGACAGCUGUUUGUUGUUUCUAGAAUAGAGGGACAUGUUUAAGGGCUUUCUGGCUGUAUUUCAGUUGGAUGUCAUGUUGGUAUUUGUUCCACUCAGAGACAGCCUCACAUUGGUCUUUUCAGGAUGCUAUAGAGUGAGCUGGGUGGUCCUUACAGCCUUACAGCAUUAUGGGGUUAACCAUGAAUAUCUGACACACCAAUGUACAUUUUUGUAGAAAAUAAAUAUUUUAAUUAAAUCAUAUAUGAGGUAGAAACAUGAGGAUUAUGAGUGGGGGAGGGACAAUGUAUUGGAUAUUGCCUUUUUAACACUUUUUCUACAGCGCUUUUAGUUGAAACACCCCUACAUAAUACUAUGGAACUUGCUUUGCUUUACUUUAAGAUCUCUCAGGUUUAAGUCGUCAUUGUUAAUAGAACCUUUUGUAGCAUUCUGUUCUAGGUGUUCUAAACCGUUCUGUUCCCUUGUUGAGUGCCAUAAAGCAACAUGAAUAUAGUGCUCUUGUUAGAUUCUCUUAAAGCAUCUCAAAGUACUUGAAAAAUGUGUUGCAACUUGCAAGUCUGUUUAUAAAGUCAACCCUGAAACAUGUUUUAUAACAAGAAAUAUGUAUUGUGUUCAUGAUGGGUGUUUUCUAUUUUAUAAAUCUCCUGAAUGUUAAA